AUGACCGAGUGGCUUGCUCUCAAUAUUUCCACCAGUCUCAAUGGGGAUCCGGCAAAUUUGAGAACUAUUCAGUUGGUUCAAGUUCCAUCGGUCUACGACUACUUUGUCUUCUUGCAUGUGUAUGCUUCGAGAAGCACGUUGACGAUGAGUUCAAUCUGGCAGUCAAAAUGUGAUCCCAGACAACAGAAACUUGAUUUUGCUCACAAAGGCCCAGGCUUUCCUACCUGGCAUCGUGCCUAUGUGCUUUUUGUGGAGGAAGAACUGGGCAGGUUGAACCCGCUGCCUACGGAUCCUUUUUCCAAACGGGAUGGAGACAACUUCGCUCUGCCUUACUGGGACUGGACCGGGCAAACCGGCUGUUCAGUGUGCACAACUGACUUGGUCGGAGCGUUCUCACCGAAUGGUCAAUUACUGGACUCAAGUCCAUUCGCUGACUGGGUCACAUUCUGCCCGCAAAGACCGGAAUUCGACGAUUGCCAUGUCUGUGAUCCAGAUGCCACUCAGGCUUGUGGCGGACCGGGACGAGGCUUGUGCAAGGAGGUGAUCUCACCACCUGAGGAUCUUGAAGCGUUUCCACUGGAAGAACAAAUAUUGCUGGACGACCGGCUGAAUUGGCCAACCCGAUUUUUUCAGGCGUUAUGUUCAUGCCAGGUAUGA